AUGGACGAUUUGCUCGACGAAAGCGCCCCUGAGGUGCCUAAUGCCGAAAGCUCUACUGAUGCCCUGCAGCGGCAGUCUCCCAUUUGUGUAAUAUGCCAAACGAACGCCGCCAUCUACACCUGCCCGCGCUGCAACCUCCGCACAUGCUCCCUCUCCUGCUCAACGAAGCACAAGACACUAGGCGAUGGUUGCUCUGGGAUCCGCAACAAGGCCGCGUACGUGCCGAUGAAUCAAUAUGGAUACAUGGCCCUCAUGAACGACUACACGUUCUUGGAGGAGGUCGGCCGCAAGGUCGGGGAGGUAGGAAGAGAGAUCGUGCAGGGCGGGUACUCGGCGUCGGCAAACGGACCGGCAGGGAGAGGCGGGAGAGACGCGAGAGGACGCGGACGGGGGAGGGGAAGGGGCGGGGCACAGGCGAAGCCCGCGUCGAAGCGGGACGUGCUGAAGAUGCAGCUCGACUUCCGGGACAUCGAGAUCGAGUUCCUGCCGAGCGGGAUGGAGAGGCGGACGCUGAACCAGUCGACGUGGGACUUCAAGAACAAAACCGCCCUCCUCACUGUCGAGUUCAGGUUCCACCCCCCGAGGAACGCGCUCGCGCCCCUUGGGCAGCCGCCGGACCCACCGUUCACACUCCUCGCGCACCGCAUUGCGCUCGAGACCCCUCUGCUAUCGGCGCUGCAAACACAUGUUGCGGAGAGACAUAAGUCGAAGAAAGAGAAGGGCGUCCCGCCAUGGGUGCUCGCCCUCGCCCUCCCGGACGAGGACGUACCAGAUUCCUUCGCCCCUCCUCUAUGUGUCAUGAGCACCUCCCUCGACCCUCUGGCGGCCCUCAACGCGAACCCACACAUUCCCCAGCCAGGGCGGCUCCUCCGGGAAGGCUUCUACAAGCUGGACUCCAGCAAACCCCUCGGGGCCGUCCUCAAGCACAAGCACUUCGUCGAGUUCCCAACCAUCAGCGUCUGGGAAGAGGACUCGUUCCAGGGCAUCAUCGUCGACGACAAGGGCGCGGUCGUGCACGACGCCGCGGACGAGCCCCGGCCCAAACGGCGGCGGCUGAACCCCAAGCAGGCGCAGAAGGCGAUCAGCGGCCUGCUCGGCGGCUACGGCAGCGACGACGGCUCGGACGGGUCGAGCAAGGAGGAGCGCAACGGGAUGAACCUCCUCGGGGGGUAUGCGGGGAGCGACGAGGAGGAGAGUGGGGCGGCCGCGCCUAGCUCGACCUUCGACGUGGAUGCGGACGAGUGGGGUGACGACGACGCGGAGGGCGAGACGGACGACGAGUACGAGGGGAGCCCGGAGGAGCUGGCUGCGAUGCUGCAGAAGCUGCGGGAGGCUGGCGCGCUGAGGGAUCCGGUGAAAGACGGCGUCCUGGGCGGCACCGAGGGUGUAGACGAGGAACAGGUCGAUUGGGGCGAGUCGGGGGACGAAGAGGAUGGCGGUAGUUAGCAGCCUGGAUUGAGAGUUCGAGCCUUGCCUCCUCUUGCUCUCAAGGAGGAACAUCGGUCUCGGCUGUACAUAUAUUCUCUAAUUUGACUACUUCAGCGGUUCAAACAUCAUGCACGCAGC